AUGAAGUUGAACAUCUCCUACCCGGCGAACGGGUCGCAGAAGCUGAUUGAGGUGGACGAUGAGCGCAAGCUCCGCGUUUUCAUGGAACGACGAAUGGGCCAGGAGGUCCCCGGCGACAGCGUUGGCGACGAGUUCAAGGGCUACGUCUUCAAGAUCACCGGCGGCAACGACAAGCAGGGUUUCCCUAUGAAGCAGGGUGUCAUGCACCCCACCCGUGUCCGCCUUCUCCUCGCCGAGGGCCACUCUUGCUACCGUCCCCGCCGUACUGGUGAGCGCAAGAGAAAGAGUGUCCGCGGCUGCAUCGUCGGCAUGGACCUCUCUGUCCUUGCCCUUGCCAUUGUCAAGCAGGGCGACAGCGAGAUCCCCGGCUUGACCGACGUCGUUCACCCCAAGCGUCUUGGUCCCAAGCGUGCUACCAAGAUCCGACGAUUCUUCGGUCUCACCAAGCAGGAUGAUGUCCGCAAGUUCGUCAUCCGCCGUGAGGUCCAGCCCAAGAAGGAGGGCGCCAAGCCUUACACCAAGGCCCCCCGUAUCCAGCGUCUGGUCACUCCCCAGCGCCUCCAGCACAAGCGUCACCACAUUUCCCUCAAGCGCCGUCGGGCCGAGGCCGCCAAGGAUGCUGCCAACGAGUACGCUCAGCUCCUCGCCAAGCGUGUCCACGAGGAGAAGGCCAAGAAGGACGAGCAGCGCAAGCGGAGAGCCUCUUCCCUGCGGAAGUAA